ACACUAGCUCUACCCCGGGGGGCAGCUCCCGUCCAGCCUCGCCUCUUCCUGCUCGUGAUCCGAGCGUGCAUCCAACCAUCCCGACAGGGGCAAAGGCCCUACAGCUCCCUCCCUCCCGCCCACCUGCUGCUCCCGGCACUUCCCGGGCAGCCAGGCCGGGGCCAGCUGCACGCAGGCGGGCAAGGAGGCGGCGCUGGCGGAGAGAGGACGCGGGGGAGCGAGGCGAGGAUUAAGGGGAGCCGGGGCGCCCCGAUGCAGGUGUUUGUCACCCGGCGGAUCCCCCGCGAGGGGCUGGCGGCCCUGAGCCAGGCUGGCGUCUGCAGCAUCCAGCAAUGGGAUUCAGACGAACCUAUCCCGCGGUCAGAAUUGCUGGCGGGUGUGGCUGGGAAGCAUGGACUGCUCUGUCUCUUGUCUGACCAGAUAGACAAAGAGGUCCUCGAUGCAGCAGGGUCUAACCUUAAAAUAAUCAGCACGCUGUCUGUGGGUGUUGACCAUCUGGCUCUAGAAGAAAUUAAAAAGCGUGGAAUCCGUGUGGGAUACACCCCGGACAUCUUGACGGACGCCACGGCCGAGCUCUCGGUAGCUUUGCUCUUAGCUGCGUGUCGCAGGCUGCCGGAGUCAGUGGAGGCAGUGAAGAAUGGUGGUUGGACAACAUGGAAGCCUCUGUGGAUGUGUGGGUACGGGCUGUCUGAUAGCACUGUAGGAAUCAUAGGGCUGGGAAGAAUAGGACAGGCAGUGGCGCGCCGUUUAAAGCCAUUUGGGGUCAAGAAAUUUUUGUAUACGGGACGUCGCCCAAAACCGGAGAGCGCCGUGGAGUUUCAAGCCGACUUUGUCCCACUCACCAAGCUAGCAGAAGAGUCAGACUUUGUUGUUAUUACCUGUUCCUUAACCCCUGACACUAAAGGAAUGUGCAACAAGGAUUUCUUCAGCCGAAUGAAGAAAACGUCUGUGUUGAUCAACACAAGCAGGGGAGCGGUGGUGAACCAGGAAGACCUGUACCAGGCUUUGGUUAGUGGCCAGAUUGCAGCUGCUGGUCUGGAUGUCACAACCCCAGAGCCGCUGCCUACAGACCACCCUCUCCUUUCCCUGAAGAAUUGUGUGAUUUUGCCUCACAUUGGAAGUGCUACCUACGCCACGAGAAGCGCCAUGAGCGUGCUGGCUGCUAACAACCUUCUGGCCGGCUUGAAAGGGGAAAGCAUGCCAAGUGAACUCCAGCUGUGAAGAGAAGAGAAUCCCAAGAACAUCGCUGGCUAGGCCAGGUCAUACCUUAAAAAUGACCAUUUUCUCUUAGCCCAGAGAAGCAGAACGGAUCCUGACUCAUUCCUGCUGUAAAGUUGGUGUAUGUGUCUCUGUCGUUCUGCAAGUAGAACUUAUUAAACCAGGCUUGAGUAACA